GUAAACGUUCCAUCCAACGUUAUGGUUUAAAAUUCGACUAAACAGUGAAAAUAAUGCAGUUUGCAUUUGUUAAAAUUACUAUUUACUGUACAAUAAUAAUACCUAAAUGUAUCGGAAUCAACUUUAUAGAUUUUACAAAUGUCCCGAAUCAAUAUGAGACGACACAAUCAUAUUUACAUCUUGUAAGCGAUACAAAAGAUACAGACGGGACGAUUCCACCACUAGACGCCACAACAAGGGAUACUAAGAGAAGAUUCAUGGUAGUCAGUCCAAAACCCGUAUUCCUAAGACAGGAGGAAGCCGAAGAGGAAAAAGACGCUAGCCUUAAAAACAAAAUCAAACUGCUAGUACAACAAUGCAUCCACGACGCUAAAGAUAAAAUGGAAACAAUAGAUUCAUUAAAAGACAAGUAUAAAGACGAUCCAUCUUAUAAAGUUGGAUUUAUUUUUCAUAAUUUAAAGAAAUCUAAAGAUGUGAUGAGUGAACUUUUUAAUGUGGCCGUGAAACAUCGUCAUGAUUGGAAAGCGUUGGAACAAAUGAGGAUAUUCGAACUUAUAGUACAUACUAAUGUGGAUACAACCAACUUGGUGAGACAACUCGUUGAGCUGCAUUUGCACAACGUGAACGCAACAAAUCCGGCCCCAAAUGUAGUAAAAAAGAGGGUAGUUUUAUUGUAAAAUUAUAACAGUUUAAAGUUAUCAAGUUGUAGUCAAAAUUAUAAUAAUAAAUUUUUCAUCAUCAAUCUACCCUUAUCCCUAAGAAAGGUUGGUAC